CUUCCUUCUUUCCUUUCUUCCACUGAUACCAUCUCUCCCAGCAUCAUAUCAUGGCACUCCUCCGUCCCCCGACUAGGGCUCUACGCUCCCUCACCCGAUCAGGCGUCCCCCUCUCCACGACGAUCCCGCCCGCUCGUCUCCCCACAAUUGCUCGAUCUCGCAGCAUCUCCAUUCGCUCCUCAUUGCGACAAGCCUCUCCAGCUCCCGCUUCUGAGCAACAUGCUCACGCACACGCUCAGCCUCCCCCUCCUACCUCAUCCUCAUCCUCCCACGCCUCCACCUCGUCCUCCUCGUCCCUGCCAAGCAUCACCUCAACCGACACGCAGGUUCGCAUCACCUGGAUCAGCGGCAUAGAGUCACGCUACCACCACGUCUGGCUCAGGGAUCACUGUCGCUGCCCUUCUUGCUACCAUCCCAAGACGAAGCAGCGCUUGUUGGACACCUUUGCUAUCCCUCCUACCGUGCAGCCGGAGAGGGUAGAGGCCACGACGGAGGGGUUGGAGGUCGUUUGGCCGUUGAGCGCAGAGGGAGGGGAGGGAUCGGGGCCGGGUGAAGUGGCAGGGACAGGAGCAGGGACAGGAGCAGGGCAGCACGUCUCUCUUUUUCCGUGGAAAUGGCUCCGCACUCAUUCCUACGCCCCUGUCCUCUCCCCCAGCACCACACCCUACGAGCGGGAAGACCUAGCGGGAAGUGACAAGACUCUCUGGGGCUCAGGUAUAGCUGCUCAUCCUCCCACCGUGCAGUACGAAGAGGUCAUGUCCUCGGAUCGUGGCGUUUGGAAAUGGGUCGAAAAGAUAUCGCAAUACGGCUUCUCCUUUGUUGACGGGGUCCCCGCAACACCGGAAGCAACCGAAGAACUCAUAAAACGAAUCGCCUUCAUCCGUGAAACGCACUAUGGUGGUUUUUGGGAUUUCACCUCCGACCUCUCCCACGGAGAUACGGCAUACACCGAUCUAGCCUUGGGAGCGCAUACGGAUACGACGUAUUUCACCGAUCCGGCUGGACUGCAGAUGUUCCACCUCCUCAGCCACGAGCCCUCUAGUCAAGGUGUCCAACCAAGUGGCGGAGCCUCACUCCUCGUCGACGGGUUCCUGGCUGCAAAAGUGCUGAGAGACGUCCACCCGCAGGCGUACGAGACGCUCAGUGCUGUGAGGAUCAGCACGCAUUCUGCGGGGGAUGAGGCUACACUUGUUCGUCCCCUCUUGACGGCUGGGUACCCCAUUUUGAACCAUGAUCCCAGAACGGGGAAGCUCGUCCUUGUCCGGUAUAAUAAUGACGAUCGUUCCACGCUGCAUCUGGAGGAAGGGGAAGUAGAGCCAUUCUACGAUGCGCUGCGGAAGUGGCAGGAGAUCAUUACCAGUAAAGAGGGGGAGUACUGGGAACAACUCACGCCGGGACGGGCGUUGAUUUUCGAUAACCAUAGGGUGUUGCAUGGCAGGUCAGCCUUUGUUGGGGAGAGGCGAUUGUGUGGGGCUUAUGUGAAUCACGAUGAUUAUAGGAGUAGGUUGGCGGUGUUGAGGCAGAAGUAUGGGAAGGGUGGGGUGCGAGGUGGAGACGGAGGAGGAGCAGGAGAGGGGAGAGGGGUGUGGGAUGAUGCCUUGUAGCGUCGUAAUGCGAAGGCGCACGUACUACACGCUCGCGGAUCGAGUGAGUGAGCGAGCGAUGCGAGACUGAGCGCGAUACGGUUGAGAGCGUGCGAGGACGGACGAGCUGCUGGUCAACGCAGGGAGGGAAAGUGAUUCGAUAUUUCGCAAAAAGGGUUGGGGUCGUGAAUCGGUGUAAGGGAAGA